AUUCAAACGAGUGACCGUUGGCGUUGGGUGGCUGAUUCAAAGUUUCAUCUCAAUUUAAUUUUGUUUUAUUUAGCAGCAUCACUACUUGACUUGUUCACUACCAUUCCUCCAAAAACCAUAAACUCGUCGCUUGAGUUUAGCUCGCACACUGUCACACAACUCCCUGUCCAUGUCCAUCUCCUCAUCCGCCGCCAGGCCCCAUGGCUGGCAACGCCCUCUACACCCUUUACAGAUUGUGGGGAUAUCAGUUUUCUGUUUCCUAGUUGCUGCCUUUUAUUGCUUUCUUGGCCUUUUCCUUGGCAACAGAAUUGCAGAGAUCACAGUGAACACUGCCUUCUCCUUUGCGGCACUUUGUGUUGCUCUUCUGUUUAUUAGGUGUGCGGCCAUAGAUCCUGGUGACAAGAGCAGAUUUAGAUUUAGAAAGAAGAAGAGGAAGGGCAACAAUUCCAUUGGGCUUCCAAAGCUUAAUUAUGGAUACAUUUUCAGCCGGAUUUUGUUGAGAUUCUUCAAGAGGAUGGAGCGCAAGAUCCUUAGGACUUGGAUAAGAAGGAAGUAUUUAGAUCCUUGGAAUACUAAAAUUCAGAUGGAGCCCCUUAUCCCAUUUCCCCUUGUCCUUGAGGACGAUUCUCUUACUCCUAAUCCAAAAGACGAUGACAUCUCUUUUUGCUCCCUAUGUGAUUUUGAGGUUUACAGGUAUAGUAAACAUUGUCGGACUUGCAACCGUUGUGUUGAGGGAUUUGAUCACCACUGCAGAUGGUUGAACAACUGUGUUGGGAAGAAGAAUUACACAACCUUCAUUCUUUUGAUGAUUUUUGUCUUGGUCAUGCUUAUCAUAGAAGGAGGAACUGCAGUGGCAGUAUUCGUUAGGUGCUUUGCUGACAGCAAGAGUAUAGAACAGGAGUUAAACAAAAGACACUAUGUAAAAUUCCCUAGAGGAGUUCUUGCUGCCUUAUCCGUUAUAUUCGUUUUGCUGACAACAUAUAGCACAGCUGCACUUGGACAACUUUUUUUCUUUCAUGUACUUCUCAUUAGAAAGGGAAUCUCAACCUAUGAUUACAUUUUAGCAAUGAAAGAAGAGAACCAGUCUAUGGAACUAGAGUCGCUUGAAGAUUCAGACUUUUCUUCUGAUGACGAGGAGGGUGAUGAGAGUAGCGACUCAGAUUCAGCUCAAAAACAUGCAUUUAUACCACGGAUCAUAUGCAAAGAAGGAAAAAUGCAGCAGUUUCAGAACCCACAAAAAUUGGCCAUAAGGAUUGAUGAUGGAGAAGCAGACUCCUCCUCCUCCUCAUCAUCUAUGUUGAAUAAAAAGCAAGGUUUCCGUGCAAGCAUUGAUCCAUGGAAACUAAUCAACCUGAGCCGAGAAAAGGCCCUAUUUGCUGCCGGGAAAGCCAGGGAAAGGCUUGUGAGACAAAAACCGAUGGUAGAAAGUGAUCCAAUGAAGCCCCUACCGCUGGAAACAAAGAGUGGACCACUUAUGAAACCAGAUAAAGAUAUGACGCCUCUGAUCGCCAAAGGGAGACUUAUAAACUCACCUCGACACUUCUCCAGUCCAAGAAGACGACUUUCCUGUUCUCCAGUGCAACUGCAGCAUGGAACUACAACUGUGCCAUCGCCUAAGCACAGAUACAGAAGUGAUUUCGAUUUGAAGUUGACUCAGGUCUCCAGAGAGCUCGAGACUUACAUAUCCAGACAGGUCUUAUGCUCUGUAUUGAAGAGUAACGGCAAUGAGGCUUCUCCCAGAUAGCAACGCAAAUCACUGCAACUUAUGU